GGAAUGCAACGUGCAGUGGUCAUGUCAGUUCCAGAGGCUAUUGAAAAAUUUAACGGUCAUCACACUUACUCCGGGCACUAUGGUAUCCUUAAGACCAGGUCAAGCAUCAGCCAUAAGUAUUAUUGGCCAGGGAUGACAAAGGACAUAGAGAAAUGGAUCUCCACCUGUGAUGUCUGCCAGAGAUUUGGUGUUCCCGAUAAUGCUGAUACAGAGCUGCACAGUGUCAAAGAUGGCAAAGUCUACUGGCAAGAUGAAGAUAUUGCCCAGGAAGUUAUUCGACAGGCUUCCAAGAACAAAGCAGCUGUGGAAGCAGCUCAGAGGAACAUCCAGAAAGCACAAGAAAGGCAGCAGAAGCAGUACAGGGAGAGGAAAACAUCCAAAUAUAGUGUUAUGAAUGUCUGUGUUGGUGGUAAAGUACUGCUUCUGAAUUAUCAAAAGAGAACACAAAAGGGGGCAAACCUUGAGCCAGACUACCAAGGACCCUACAUUGUGGACAGGCUUGAAGGGAGAAAGGUCACACUACGCACUAUUCAGGGAAAGCCAAUGAAAACAAAAUACCAUAUUUCUUUGGUGAAGCCUUACAAAGAGAUGUCUUAUCCUGUUCCCAAGGACCACGAAUACAUUCGUGUUGGCCCACAGAAUGGAAAGCUUGCAGUAGCACCAAUAGCAUGCAACGAUGACUCGUGUACCAAGAUGAGCAUGAAGGAAUGCCACAACAAUUUGUGGCAAUCUGCAGUAGGCACUGCAGAAGAUCCCAUGGAGACAUGGGCUAAGAAAGGUGUGUAA